GUCACGCAGGACCUUAUGCCUUCCCCCGUCAUCCAGAGUGUGCCAAACGAGAUCUGGUUGCGGAUCUUCGCUCUAGUGGGCGAAGUAAAGGAACUAUAUCACGUCGUUCUCGUUUCGCGCCGGUUCAAUGCUCUUGGGACAGAGCUACUUGUCCGACACAUUACUUGGAACUCAACCACACUCGCAGAGCAAAAUCUCCCCUUUUGGGCCCGCAACCGGGGGAAGACACACCUGGUCCGCUCAUUAAACAUCGUGCUGCCCGCUGUAGGCACCAACUCGGACCAGUUUUCGUCCAUUGCUGCCUUUGACCGCAUAUUCACGCAGAUCGGUCGUUUCCAACGGCUUCACCACCUGAAGCUAUGCGGUGGACAGGUCCCAGAGGCCCUGUACUCCACUUUGGAGGAUCUGCCUAACGUCGCGGUUUUGACUUUGGAAGGCUGCUCGGUUCCAACUCCACCCGUGCGCAUAUCGCAUUACUUUUCCUUCUCCCCCAGUGGUGCACCACGGCCUUCAAGUGUCAUUCGAGUCAAACGUCUCGUCGUAUCAAAAUUGAAAUCGCGGGAGCUGCAGCAUGCCUUUUUUCCCCAUGUCAUCGACAGCGUUUUGCCAUUCACACAACGUCUCCCCUACCUGCGCUCCUUCGUCACUGAUAACCUGGGCUCACAACUCCCCCCCAACAUCGCCCAGAAACUCAACUCUUUAACCAUUAUCGUGCCGGGCACAGUCAGUGACAUUCAAAGCCGUAUUGACUUGCUAGUGCAACGGAUGCCGAACCUUAAAGAGCUUGUGAUCACUUUCAGCUCCGCAUCCAUAAGCGGGACGUCCUCCUCGACCCAGGGGAGCACCAUACCGUCUCUUGCUACCCAACCCGUCGUCUCCCUCCCCCACUUAACAAUCGUUUCGGCUCCAUGGCCGAGUGCGAUCUACGCUAUGCGUGGGGCCCCAUCUACUGUGCAGCAUCUCAACAUUAACUCGACCAUCUUGAAAAAUGUCGAUGUUUUGGCCGCCUUGGAGCUCAUCCGAGACCAUGGCGUCGACCUGAAAUCGCUUGCGUUUCGGAUUGCCCAUUGGGACGAAGAGGCGUUGUUGGCAGCAACCAGGUGUCUUCCACAUUCGUUGCGCGCCUUGGAAGUCGCAUACUAUGACGGCAAGCCCGAUGAGGGCUUCAUCUUUAACCUAGGCAUCCAUCAUCUUCCGCUUCUUCCCCAGCUAGAGAUUUUGCGGCUCAUUCAUCUCGAAGCUAUCAAUAUAGCAAACUCGCCUCGCCUGCUGCCGGUACUUCCCAAUCCCAAUACUACCCAUCACCACCUCCUUCCUGGUCACCACCACCACCACCACUUUCAAACCAAUUUCUUGUUCUCCAUGCAGAUGCAAGCCUUAGCGCAGCCCCCCGGUAACUUUAUGCAACCUGCGGUACCCCCGCCACUUUCUGACAACGAAAGCGAGGAUAACGUGUCGGAGGACGGGAGCGAUGAGGGCAAAAAGGAGGGUGGCCGGGGCUAUGCGACGGCGGCGGAAAUAUCGAAGGCAGAGCCGCUUCGCGAGGCUGUUUGCGUCUGGUCGCGAUAUAAUCCUAACCUCGCGCGCGUGAGAAUCGGGCGGGGUCCCGCUAACGCUUGGGUACGCGACCUGAGCGCGAAUGCGGCUUCUGGCGCCGAAGGCAAGGGGAAGCGAGCUGCACCGCCGUGGACCGCUGAUAUGGACGACAAGGAGGCGCAGGCACAGAGGUGGACGGAGAUGACGCGGUUGGACUUGAUUGAAGGGGAGGAAGAGGAUGUCCCUGCACCUACUAUUCCAGACAAUAUCCUUGAUCUAACCUUUUGA